ACCUGUCUACCUGACCGGACAUAUAAAAGGCAUCGACUGGCUAGCGCAGAAGUUUUAGAUCUACGCAAAAACGAAUUUACAUCUACCACGGUUUCAAAGUACCUUCCCCGUGGUCGUAAUAAUGCUGGGAUUAAACGCUUACGGUUUUCAUAUUCAUUUUACAACCUCAAGAAAUUUUUUGAUGAUUGUGGCCUUUGCGCAUCUUUGUUUAACUGGAGACGAAGAACCAAUGUUGAAGCCUAAUCCUUUGUCAAUUAAACCUCUUGCUACAAUAGCAACGUUGCAUUUAGUGGAGAAGGUGGCAAACAGUAGCGGUAACAGUUCUGAAGUGGACAACACUUGCUCACCUGUGCCAGUGUGUCCGCAAAAGAAAGAAAACGUUCAUUACGUUCAUGGCACUGCGUUUGUGGCCGAUCAGAUUGAUUACCUGGCCAUCUACUGCCAAGGAUGGGGAAUUCGUUUUCGUGGAAACGACUCUGAUCCUCUGGUUCGCGACCGCUCAUUCCAUGCCGCGGUUCCCAUUCCGGCGGUGCGCAAUGGAGAAGCAGCAUUCAUUGAAAGCGUUAUCUUAGCCUAUGAAGGGUAUAACAGUGUUAUCCUUAAGAUCGAAGUUUGGGAUGGAGAUAAGACUAUGGUCACGUAUGAUCCGCUAAAACGCCCACCCAGAAAGACUCCCGGUACUGACAUAAUAAUCGAUGUCAACCAAGUCCUCACGACAUCUAUGGGUGUCAGUGUAGGGGUUAGGUUGAGCCGUGAGACCUCCAUCACAUUGAAAUCUGCCGGUGUGCACUAUCGAUACCAGUAACAAUGAGAGGAAAACUAAAAGUGCAUCCUUCUAUGCUGGACCACAAUCACAUGUUGUAUGUACUCGUAUAACUAACAGCUGCCAACUGAUUGUGGAAUCAAGACUGCACUGGCGUUUUAGAGGUUCAGCGUGCGGACAUCUUCGAAAUCACAUCGCUAAUUGGUGGCAACCGUUUUUAUCAACCACAUCAAUCUUUCUAUUGGAAGGUCAAAUACAAUCUCGAAGAAUAAGCUUUGAAUUGAACGCAAAACGUUCUGAAACCGGAACUUUUUUGCUGUUGUGCGUGCAAGUGUUAAUUUUACUGUAGUUUAAAGGUA